AGAGAGAAAAAGAGAGACGAAACAGAGCAGACCAGUAGACCACAACAACAUUUUUUUCCGGCAUAUGCCCAUUCCUGAAAAAGCAUGAGAGAGAUAGAGGUUGCGAUAUCGUUUAAACUUGAAAAAAGUAGUCAUUUCUUCGUGUGAAUUCGAAAAUUUGUGAAAGAUGAGUGAUAAUUUGUGAUACGAUAAUAAGCAGCUUUUGGUUUACACGAAAAUAUAUUAAUUUUGCAAUAAACUCUACGAUUUUGUACUUUUGUGGUUAUAAAACGACAGAGACUCUUAGUCUAGAUCCUUCCACAUAAUUCGAAAGUUCUUUUCAACUUUAAAACUUUGGAUUAAAACGGAUUUUUACCCGUGAAUUAAAGUUCUAGUAUACUGAUUUACUUUAUUAAAAGUGAGGGUCAAGUAAAUUUAUAGCUGGGAAUUUGUUUAAAAUGGAGCAUCAAUGUCAGUGUGGUCAUACGCAUAAUGAGGCAGAAUUAGGUGUUCAAUAUAAUCUGUAUCAAAAGAUAGAUUUGCAAAAUGUGGAAUGUCUCAAUGAAGCCGAAGAAGGAAGCGGGAUUAAGGUUUUCAAACCCUGGGAAGAACGCCUGAGUGGAUCAGCUUAUGUAGAGAGUGACGUGGACGAUGAGCUUCUGUUCAACAUACCGUUCACUGGAAACGUGAAGUUGAAAGGCAUCAUCAUAAUUGGAGGACCUGACAAUACACAUCCGGAUUCAGUGAAAUUGUUCAAAAAUCGGCCAGGUAUGACUUUCGAUGAAACAACAACCGAAGUCGAUCAGGAAAUCCAGUUAGUUCGAGACCAGUAUGGAGUUCACGAAUAUCCAAUCAAAGUGGUGAAAUUCUCAUCGGUACAACAUCUAACCCUUCACUUCAGCGGUACGGCUGGCUCGGAGAAAACUCGCAUUGACUACAUUGGCCUCAAAGGAGAAUGGAGUCCUGCUCCCCGCCAGGGUGUAGUUAUCGCAACUUACGAAUUACGCCCUCAGGCUAGUGAUCAUCCACAGGACAAUGACCAUUUCACCAGGGAAAUUCAAUAAUCAAUUUCGACUGCUAACUGCUAUUCUCUGCUCGUCGGAAAUCGGGAAAAGUUUAUUUUUUACUUUCGCAUUUAAUUAAUAUUACACUCCAGGUGAAAACAUAUAUAGUUUAUAUAUAGUGGACAAGACAAUCAUAUUUUUCAUUUGUUUUACCAAUUUUUCUAUAUAAAACAAAUGAAAAGUAUCAGUGUUUUAUCCACUAUACAUAAACUUUAUAUAAUUUUUUACUUGGGAUUAAUACUAGAAAAAGCUCUAGAUUAAGAAAAACGAAUUACUUACAAAUAUGUACAUUUGUUUUGUAAAUCAGUGAUUACGAAUUUCUGAUAUUCCUGAAAUAACUUAAGUCAUGCAGGAAUAAAUUAGCUUUCGUCAUAAGUUGUAAAGCUCUAAGCUGAAUAAAACAAAGAAUUUCUAUUAA